UUAAAGAGGGUAGCAUAAAACUCCACACUUCGGGCAAGCCGCCUUGCCCCGCCAGACGUCCUGCGCUCGGCUCCUUCACGACUAACCGGGGGUGCGGUCUCUGACAUCACCGAGGCAGCACUCAACUCCAACCCUAGUCUGGCCGGGCGUCUUAUUCCGUCAAAUUAAACUGCCCUUACCACCGCCUUCAUUUGUCGUCCGUUGGACUAUAUUCGUUCGCGGUCGGACGGUUUUGUCGAGCGUGAAAGAAGAAUUCUAAUCCAGAAGGCGCUUCAACGCCCAUGUAAAGUGCUGCACGUCAUGAGCUCGGACAGUUUUCAGUACCGUGCACUGUUUGAGUACAAGCGAGAGAGGGGCGACGACAUCUCGCUGCAGGCUGGAGACCUCCUCACCGUCAGCAAGUUGGCUAUCCUGACACCCGACUACCAGGAUGGAGACGAGAAAGACCCCAAAGGCUGGCUCCAUGGCACUAACGAGCGCACCAAGGAGAAAGGAGACUUCCCAGGCACCUUUGUGGAGUACGUGGGGGUUGUGAGGGUGGGCCUACCUGCAGGAAAGCCUUGUCCUAGGCCUGUACCUCCAACACCUGUAGGGCCCCAGCCUCCAGGGGCCUGUGCGUCAGGGGGCUCUGGACUGGGGGAGCUUGUGGAGCAGUGUGCUGUGCCUGACCAGGCUCCAGCCGUGGUGCUCAGAUUGACAGAGGCUCUGGAGAGACCAGGCUGGGAAAGUGAGCCUCUGCACCGGAUUCCUCCUGUUUCCAGCAGUCCCUCAGAUUUCCGCCAGGCUCUGGAGGCAGAUGUGUUCUGAUGGCAACCGCGUUGGAAUGGUUUUGCUGUCACCUUUUAGCUUUACCAUUCUAGCUGAGGCCCACCCUUAUGUUCCUGUGCUGGCAGAUAACGACCAUUCAAGGAACAUUGUGGCUGGCUGAUUUAGUAAUGACCAUUUUGUAUUUACAAUAACCUUAAGUCGAAUAAUCACUUUCUCCUCCUUCUCCAGUUAUUGCUUUCAAAUUUUACAUUUGACUGAGACAUUAUUCCAGUGAAGUAACAAUGUUGUUAUGCCUUGAGUGUGGUUUUAGGUUCUGUGGACAGAGCUGUAAAGGAUGAGCUAAAAGUUUGAGCUGAACUUCUUGCUAGCACCACAAGGGAGCACUCUGGUUCUCUACUUUUUUUUUUGGAUGCCCCACCUCCAGAAAUAAUUUCGCAAUGCUGGCAGAGGAGUUAAGAGUGAACUUGCCCUUAUAAAUAUUGUAUAGGCUUUACCCUGUUCUCAUAUAGGGACCCAUAAAAUGGAAACAGUCGUCCAAAUUAAAAACAAAAUUGCUGCGUUUUCGUUGUCACCUUGACCAGUUACAGAUAUGCCUUCUUACGUUAACUAAGGCCUGUAUGUAUUAAAUUCUCAACAUUCUCAA